GGCGACGUCCCCCCCCCCGCCGCGGCGAGCAGGAUGUCGGGCAAGGACAGGAUCGAGGUGUUCCCUUCGCGGAUGGCUCAGACCAUCAUGAAGGCCCGUUUGAAAGGAGCCCAGACAGGCAGAAACCUCUUGAAAAAAAAGUCUGAUGCUCUGACUUUGCGAUUCCGGCAGAUUCUAAAGAAAAUUAUUGAGACAAAGAUGUUGAUGGGUGAGGUGAUGAGAGAAGCUGCUUUCUCACUGGCUGAGGCAAAGUUCACAGCUGGAGAUUUCAGUACUACAGUGAUUCAGAAUGUGAACAAAGCUCAAGUCAAGAUCAGAGCCAAGAAAGACAAUGUAGCAGGUGUGACCCUGCCAGUUUUUGAGCAUUACCAAGAAGGAGGAGACAGUUAUGAGCUGACCGGUUUAGCCAGAGGUGGGGAACAACUGGCAAAACUGAAAAGAAACUAUGCCAAAGCUGUAGAGCUCCUUGUAGAACUGGCCUCGCUGCAGACUUCAUUUGUUACUUUGGAUGAAGCCAUCAAGAUAACGAACAGGCGGGUGAACGCUAUCGAACAUGUGAUUAUUCCCAGGAUUGAACGUACACUCUCUUAUAUAAUCACCGAAUUGGAUGAGAGAGAGCGGGAAGAGUUCUACAGGUUAAAGAAGAUCCAGGAGAAGAAGAAAAUAAUAAAAGAGAGAAAUGAAAAAGAACAAGAGUUACGAAGGGCUACUGGAGAGCACGAACCUGCCAAUUUGCUUGCAGAAGACAAGGAUGAAGAUCUUCUCUUUGAAUAGCUGUGUGUAUCUGUGAUGAUGUGAGAGGAGACAGAGCAGUGAUUCAUUGAGAUACAGUUCUGGACCUGCAGUGGUGCUUAUUUAUGAUGUGGCUCUUCAUUUGGUGUAUUAGUCUGUGAUCUAGACUCUCGGGAUUUAAUCUAAGGGU